AUGUCCUCCCUGAAGGCUUUUGGAUUUCAGGUCCGGAAGGGAAAAACCAAAGAUGCACAGUGGUCAGAUUCCAGCACAUGCACCAAAGCAGCAGAUCACAGCACCUUGCCAUGGUUAGCACCAUCCGCCAAACAACCUCCAGUAAAAACCAAAUCGACCAUUGUCACCACAAAGAGUGCUUCCAUUGAGCCUGUUUCCAAAAAGAAAGCAACCUCAUCAGCUUCUAAAUCGAAUACCAUUACGCGUUACUUUACGCGCACACCCACCACCACGCCACAACAAGGGAUAUCCAUGAAGAACGACACCAAUGCCAAUGUUGACGCUGACGGGGAGACAUGUCUAUGCGUGGUGCGAAAGCGUAUACCCAUCACGUCAAUAUGGAGCACUCUUUUAGAAGAAUACAGCUUCUCUGUUGAUGAUUCAGACGACCCCAGCGAUGAUGAUGAUGAUGAUAGCGACUUUUAUUACGGACAUGUGGAACAGCACCAGCAAGGUUCAAGGGAGGACAUGAUGAUGUUGGACACCGUAAUGACAAGUAUGGAACCAAGAGGCACUCGACGCAAGAUACGUGAUGAUGACGAUGACGAGGGUGGUGGCGAUUUGAAUGGAACCAGCCUGAAUAGGCGGCUUCACAGCAGGAGUAAGAUUAGCAAAACAGAUCUCGUCUCGGCAUUUCAACAGGUUCUGACAAUGAAUCCUCGUAUCAUUGGGGUACCAGUGACAAACAUGCUAAAGGAAAUGGAGCAAGAACAAGAUGACCAAGAUGAUGAAGAAGAAGAUAGAACAAGAAAUGUACGGAAACGGAUGACUCAAGAAGAAGCAGCGACACUAUUACAACUUAUUACAGAAGAAUUCUUGCUGUAUUAG